UUCAUCACUUCAUACCUAUUCUCUCAUUUUUCUUCUCUCUCUCUCUCUCUUUCUCUCCCCCCUUUCUCUCUCCUUUUUUCUUCAAAAUCCCAAAUACAAGAGUGAAGAACAACAACAACCCACAAAUCUACUCUCAUUUCUCUUCAAAACCCAUAUUUUCAUUUCUUCAACAAGUCUCUACAUCUUGAGAAAAAUACACAACAAAACCAGAGGGAAUAAGGACACAAGAAGAAGAAUUUUGGGUGUGUGGAGGGGUUUUUUGUUUUUCAUUUUUUUUUUUUUUUUUUUGGAAAAAGAUAUGGAGUUGUUUCCUGCUCAACCAGAUUUGUCACUACAAAUUAGCCCUCCAAAUACUAAUAAACCCUCUUCAUCUUGGAGAUCAAGGACGAGUAGCUCUUCUUCUUCACAAGAAGAUGUUGAUUUGGAGUUUUGGAAUAAUAAAUCCACUCCUAAACAUCAUCUUCAUCAUCUUCAUCCUCACUCUUGUUUUGAUCUCUCUCUUUCAAAUUUAACUCAAAUUAACCAUCAUCAAUACCCUAAUGUUUCUCCUUCUCCAACUCCUAAUCAUCAUCAUCUUCUUCAUCAUCAUCAUCAUCAUCGUUAUCCCGUCCUCGAAUCCCCCGCUCACCUUUUUGAAACCCUAAACAAAACCCACAACCGACCUACGGCCAUCUUCCACCACAAUACGCAGCCCCCGUCGUCAUCGCUAGACCCGACACCGACCCCGUUUCCAGGGCAAAUAAAUGGUCAAGACUUGGGAUUUUUGCGACCCAUUAGAGGAAUUCCGGUGUACCAUCAGACGAAUAAUCCCUCCGUCGGUACCGGCAACGGCGGCGUUGUCACUCCCUCCGCCGCUAACCACGGCCAGAUUAUGAUGCGGUCGAGAUUCUUGUCUAGGUUUCCAGCCAAACGCAGCAUGAGAGCACCACGGAUGAGAUGGACUUCUACUCUUCAUGCUCGCUUUGUUCAUGCUGUUGAACUUCUUGGUGGCCAUGAAAGAGCGACGCCGAAGUCGGUUCUCGAGCUCAUGGAUGUCAAAGAUCUAACCUUAGCUCAUGUGAAAUCUCAUUUACAGAUGUACCGUACAGUGAAGACUACAGACAGAGCAGCAGCUUCUUCAGGCCAAUCAGAUUUAUAUGAAAAUGCUUCAUCUGGGGACACAAGCAAUAUUGAAGAUAUAAUAUUUGACAUUCAAAAACCAACCAUUGGAAGACAAAAUGAGAACUCAAUUCAACAAACCUCAAGGCAAAACCCUCACCAAGACAAGGAUUAUCAUGCCCUAUGGAGCAAUUCUUCAAGGGAAGCAUGGUUGCAUGGUUUGCCAAAUGAUUCUUCUAGGGACCUUUCUUCAUCGCUCGAGAACGAUAUCGAUCCAAAGAGCUCAAACAAAGAGAGGCUAUCAGAAAUAAGCUCAUCAACAGAUAUUAUUUGUGGUGUGACAAAUAAUAAUCCUCUGAAGCCUAAUUUAGAAUUCACGUUAGGAAGGCCAAUUUGAUGAACACAAAUUAUAUAGUUUGCUUAAGAAUUUUCUAAUCAUUUUGAGAAAUAUGAACAGAAAAAAAAUGAAAGUUGGGAAGUGAAAAGUUGGUCACUCAUAGGAAAAACAAAAGAAAAAGAAAUUGGUAAUUUUAAAGAAAAGAAUGACUAGGAGACAAGAAAGAUAGAAAGCAAGAAAAGAAAUUAAAAGCAAAGGUCCUAAUUCCUAUAUUACCAACCUUUGAGGCCCCAAAAAUCAUCUCUUAUUUUAUUUUA